AUGUGUAGGUUUGAAGUAUAUCUAAGCUCGCAUUGGUGUAAAGAAGUCAGGAUGAGUUCCUUCCCUGGAAGAAUGAAGGAAUAUCCAACCAUUUCCAUCGACAGAUUCGACAAAGACAAUUUACAUGCCAGAGCCUAUUUUCUGUCUCACUGCCAUAAAGAUCAUAUGAAAGGACUGAAAGGACCUUUACUGAAAAGAAAACUAAAGUUUAGCCUAACUGUAAAGUUGUACUGCUCGUUUGUCACAAAGGAGCUCCUACUCAACAAUCCAAAAUAUGACUUCUGGGAAGGCCGCAUUGUUGCUCUUGAAUUGGACAGUCCGACACAUAUCUCACUGACUGAUGAAGUUACAGGAGAGGUGGAAGAUAUAGUUGUGACGUUGUUGCCGGCUGGACAUUGCCCCGGAUCGGUCAUGUUUCUCUUUGAGGGGGCUCAGGGCACCGUGCUGUACACGGGGGAUUUCCGCCUGGCUGCUGGAGAUGCAGCGAGGAUGGAGCACUUGCACUCUGGAAACAGAGUAAAAGACAUUCAAAGUGUGUAUUUGGACAGCACAUUCUACGACCCCAGGUUUUAUCAGAUCCCAAGUAGGGAGGCUUGCCUAAAUGGUAUUAGGAAGCUGGUUCAAGACUGGAUUUGUCUGAGUCCAUACCAUGUGGUCUGGUUAAACUGCAAAGCAGCAUACGGGUAUGAAUACCUCUUCACCAACCUGGGACAAGAAUUUAAUUUGCAGGUCCACGUGAACAGCUUAAACAUGUACAGACAAAUGCCAGAAAUUCUGGAUCAUGUAACCAGUAACAGAGCAACACAGAUCCAUGCCUGCAGGCACCCCAAGGACGAUGAGUUGUUCAGGGCAAACAGAUUGCCGUGUGGGUCUUUAGCUCUGGAUGGUACACCGCUGCGCAUUAUCAGCAUCAAACCUUCCACUAUGUGGUUUGGAGAAAGGACCAGGAAGACCAACGUCAUCGUCAAGAUGGGUGGAAGCUCCUACAGGGCUUGUUUCUCCUUUCAUUCUUCAUACUCCGAGAUCAAGGAUUUCCUGUCAUACAUCAAUCCUGUCCAUAUUUACCCUAACGUGGUUCCGAUGGGCCGAACCGUAGAGGAAGUGAUGGAGCUACUGAAUAUUAUGCGUAGAAAAAAUUCAGGAAUGGCUGUCAUCUAUAAGCCUCUUGGGAAGAUAAAACGAGCCAGAGCAAAGUCCACAUCACAGGGCGCCGACAGCGAUGAUGAGCUGUUUGAGGAACUCGCUGUUGCACCAUUGAGAAAGAAGCUUGCUGUCAAUGAGGAAAAAGAGCAUCACAGCCUGGAAAAAUCAGAUCUUGAAGUCAUAGAAACAGAAAUUGUACCACAGCAGCAGGCUCUAGUACAGACAUCCAACUACAUGGACUGCACAGAGUCCAACGAUGAUGAUGAUGAUGAUGAUGAUGAAGUGGAAGAGGAGGAGGAGGAACUUCCUGCAAGUAAGGCAUCUGGGGAUGCCACGCACACUCCAUCCUGCUUAGGUAUGUCCCCACCCCCUUUAAAGCCGACUCCGCCCAGCUGGAGUACAUUCUUCACAGCAGAGCCGGUUGUGACUGAUGACAGCUGUGAGCUGGAGAACAGUCAGAACAGCCAGACUAUGUCUACUAAUCAGACAUCGCAGUCCCCUGAGCUCUUCAGUGAUGACAACGAAUCAGAGUCAGGCCAUGUGACAUCCUCUCAGUCCACAUAUGUAUCAGAGGCUGCUUUAGAGAGCCUCAGCCAACCCGACACAGAACCUGUACAACAUUCCACCACGUAUACAGGUAACUGUUUUCACUCGCCGGUUAAAACGCAACCAGCUUUAACUGGCCAGAACCAAUGCAAUGCCAGAGAGCAGAAAGAACCAGUUUCAGAUUCGCAGGUGUCGUCUGAUUUUGAUCUGCCAAUGACUCCAGGUUCCAAGAUUCCACAGCCUGAGGAGCUAAACAAGCUGUACAAGAAGUUGGCUGCUGGAGAGGACAUGACCACCGAAAAUCAAUAGCGGGGUUCAGCCUAAUCAACAAUUUCACUUCUCAAAUGUUUUGAUAAAAAGAAGAGUAUAUGAACUGACCAUUUCAAAAGAAGUGUGGUUCUACCGAAAUGCCAUAUUUUAUAAUUAAUGAAGAGAAAGAUCUCCACAAGUAGGGAGUAAAAAGUUGCUCAGGAAAAAUGUAAUUAAUUAAAUGUCAGUGGUGACUUUUUUAUAGAGCAGUGCUGUUGAAUUCUCGAUUCUGAUUGGUCGAAAGAUGAAUUUUUUUGUAACAGUAAUUCGACAGCAGUUUUAUAUAUACCCAUACAUUCCAAUACUGUCAUUUCUAGAUUAACACUUAGUGAAAGGUGUUGUACAGCGAUCUACGGAAUAUGAAGAAGUAUUUGGUAUGAGAAAGGAAACGUUUAUUCAUAUAACAAUCCUGGAAGGAGUCUCCAGUGUCAGCACUUUGUAACAGUCUUUGCACUGAGAAAAUCCAUUGGGAGCAAUUUAGGUAUAUUAACUUCAAGAGGGAAGAAAAGGGUGGAUGAUGAGUGCUAUUUUAUUACCUAAUAAAAGUCACUGGAAAAUAACUUCAGGUGCUAACAGUCACACCGGUUUAUGCCGUGUCACAAAGUUAUUACUUUGUGUACUAAAAUUAUUUUUAAAGUAUUUCUUACAAUAAUAAUGCUGUUUUUGCCUGUUCGUAUUUAUUCUACAACCGCCUCACCUCACAUAUUAACCAAAAUUUCCUGUUGCACAUUAGGGGUCAUUUUAGUUCAUAAUUUAAUAACCAUGUAUAUUGAUUUCAUUUAUCCUCCAUGUAAAAACCUUCUUGUUUAUUGUUUUUGUUUUAAAUAAAGACACAUUAUCGUUUCCCUGC